CAUGAUCGAGAUGAACGUACCAUCCUUGCAAAGUGUCAGGUGCGAAAGGUGUAAUUUCAUUUGCCUACCCCCCCCUAUCUUUGGUCGUUGCUUUGUUCUUUUCGUCUCUCAAACUUUCCUAAAUUACGCAGUCUGUUUUCUCAAGCCCUGACCCAUUCCCCCGAUCCUUUCACACAGAUUUCAGUUCGACCAGAAGGCCACAUCAUCAUUCACACGCAGUUUUAUGGCGACACCCAUGAUGUCAAACCCAGAUCUAGUCGAAAUUUUAGCACACCUCGACUAUAUAGUCGCUGGGCCGAAGACGAGGUCACUGCAAGAUAGCAACACCGAAGAGCAGAUGGACAAGAUCCUUGUUGAGCUUAGCGACAUCUUACUUAAUCGGUAUUCGAAAGAACAACUUCGAGAGCGGCUCUGGCAGGAGUUUCGACAUGGAUACACUUACCCCGAAUACAAUUUCCCACUUCUCUUUCUUCACGGCAGCUGUGAAGUAAAGACCAUCGAUUCAGAAACGACAAGUCUCAUUAAGGAACGGCUCCGUAAAAUUCACCUCCACAUGGCAAAGCACAUGCCGAGAAGUCGACGGUCAAAGUCUAUCCCUCCGGCUUCAAUGGUGAUGUCCCGAAGGAACCCUAGAAAUUCCUCUACGCCUGCGCAGCCUUCUAAGCGAUCCAACGCAGGAAAUUUGAGUAAGAUUGUCAAUAAAACAAAUACGUCUCGCAAGAAGAAAUCUUCAUCCAAGGCUGGCAAUCGUGAUAAGCCAGUAUCUCGAUACCACACGACGCAGCCUUCAGAUUCAAGCAUAAAGACUAGUGAGAAUUCAUUCCACUUAUCCAAUGCUUCUUCUUCGACCAAAAACGUAGCUACUCCGGGCCCAUUGUCAAACAGGGCACCAGUACGACGACUUACCCCAACGUCCUCUAGCCCUGAAAUUAACGAGAUCAACACCAUCGCACCGAGAAACGCCCGAGCAACCAAUAGUCCUUGUAUUACCACAAGCUCCCCUGAAAGUUCUGCACAACUAGUUUUCGAACUUACCCACUACAAAAAACGCUGGGAAGAAGCUGAACAGGAAUGCAAUAAGUUGAAGAAGGAGAUGCGGCAAAUGGAAAGUUUCUACACUUUGACGAAAGGCAUACCAGAAAAUAUGUUCAAGGAAUUGCGUCACAAAACAAGACAGAACAUCAAUUUGAGGAAACGACUUGAUGACAGGCUGGACUUGGAGCCUCAUUUCUCCAUUCGAACCGCCCUCGGUGAGACACCAACUACUCAAAGGCUUUGCUCUAGUUUUCAGCAUAUGAAAGUACAGCUCGCUUCCAUUUUAGUCACCAACGAUACAGAGAAACUAUUAAUUGACUCUCUUUAUGGAAUCUCUGCUAACCUAGACGCCCUGCUAUGUAUAAUUUUCGACGCCGACAUCCAAAAGGGGACAGAGAAGUUGUCGAAUGCUUCUCCGGUCACACUUUGUGAAUUAAUUCAAGCGCUCACGGGAGCAGCAAUUCAUCGUUGGGUAUUUGAGAAAGGAUACCGUUCAAAUACCAUGACGAUCACACCGCUUUUACAAAGAUAUCGAGACCUCAUUCGUAACCUGGCUGGUCAUGAAACUCUUUGCGAUUUGGAUACCACUGCACACCAAUCCCUAAUCAGGGAGAAAGACUUCAACGAGGUGAUCAUUCCACGUAUGACCUCCGAGUAUACAACCCUCCUAUUAGAUGCUCUCCAACCUCUGUUUAGUAAAUCAUUGCAGUCUAAGACGAGGGAAGGUUUGAAGUCUCCACUUGAUUGUAUCUUCGGACUGGCGAUGCAGAUCCGGUCACUAUCUUUGGUAGGCACUGAAGAGUAUGAGUCUGUCUGGCCUUCCUCUGGCUCGCUAUUCGACAACAAUGAGAUGGAGACAGAGCAGUCAGAAUCAAACAACGCGGCGAAUUUGGUCAGGCUGCCUCUUUUACCAGGCAUUCGCGCUUACUCCAAGCAAAAGGCGAUGGUUGGGUACCACGGUUUCGGGAACGGCGAAGGGCCGAAUAAGACGCCGAAAUAUGUAUGCAAGGCACUAGUUCUGAUUUGAGACACGUAAAACGGAGAGUCCUUCACU